UCUUCUUCUAUCCCAACAUCAAACUCUGACACAACUCCAGAACACACAGAGAACUGCCUCCACAGUCGGAUAGAUAUGUCUCUGACAGCCACAGCCGCCGCCGCAGCAACCUCUGCCAACCUCACCACCUCCACCCCCUUCCUCUCCCGUACCACCCCAAAACCCAUCACCACCCUUUUCAAACCUUUCCUACUCUCCAUCCUCCCCAAACACCCCAAGACCUUCAUCUCCGCCGUCUCCUCCUCCUCCUCGGUUUCCUCCUCCACCGCCGACUGGGCCGUGGACUCAUGGAAAUCCAAGACGGCCCAACAGCAGCCGGUUUACCCGGACCCCGAGGAGCUCCAGACCGUGUUGACCACCCUCGAGACGUUCCCGCCAAUUGUGUUUGCCGGAGAGGCCAGGCGGCUGGAGACCUUGCUCGGCAAGGCCGCUCAGGGGGAGGCAUUUUUGCUUCAGGGUGGGGAUUGUGCCGAGAGCUUCAAGGAGUUUAAUGCUAAUAAUAUUAGGGAUACCUUCAGAGUCUUCUUGCAGAUGGCCAUCACUCUCAUUUAUGGGGCUCAAAUGCCCGUCAUCAAGGUUGGGAGAAUGGCAGGUCAAUUCGCAAAGCCUAGGUCUGAUGAUUUUGAGACAAGAGAUGGCGUGAAGCUCCCUAGUUAUCGGGGAGACAAUAUCAAUGGUGAUGCUUUUGAUGAGAAAUCUAGAAUACCAGACCCACAAAGGUUGGUCAGAGCAUACCUCCAAUCUGUUGGUACGCUGAAUCUCCUCAGAGCAUUUGCCACUGGUGGUUAUGCUGCAAUGCAGAGAGUCUCAGAUUGGAAUCUUGACUUCGUGGGGAAUAGUGAGCAAGGGAACAGGUACAUGGAACUUGCACAACGAGUGGAUGAAGCUAUUGGAUUCCUUACUGCUGCUGGGGUUACUAAGGACCAUCCAAUCAUGAAUACAAUUGAGUAUUGGAUAUCUCAUGAAUGCCUCCAUUUACCAUAUGAGCAGGCCUUGACUAGGGAGGAUUCAACAACUGGCCGUUUCUAUGAUUGUUCUGCCCACAUGCUUUGGGUAGGGGAGAGGACUCGACAAUUGGAUGGAGCACAUGUUGAAUUCCUUCGUGGUGUAUCCAAUCCUCUCGGCAUUAAGGUGAGUGAUAAAAUGGACCCAACGGAGCUUGUGAAACUGUGUGAGAUUCUUAACCCUCAUAACAAACCUGGCAGACUGACAAUCAUUACCAGGAUGGGAGCAGAUAAUAUGCGGAUAAAGCUCCCCCAUUUGAUUAGAGCUGUCCGCCAGGCAGGGCUUAUAGUUACAUGGGUUAGUGAUCCCAUGCAUGGGAACACAAUAAAGGCUCCAUGUGGGCUCAAGACACGGCCGUUCGAUUCAAUCAGGGCUGAGCUGAGAGCUUUCUUUGACGUCCACGACCAAGAAGGGAGCUAUCCCGGAGGGGUGCAUCUGGAGAUGACUGGGCAGAAUGUGACGGAGUGCAUUGGAGGGUCAAAGGCUGUGACAGUAAAUGACUUGAACUCGCGUUACCACACACAUUGUGACCCCAGACUGAAUGCAUCGCAGUCGCUUGAGUUGGCCUUUUUGAUAUCAGACCGGUUGAGGAAAGACAGGUUAAAAUCAGCUAGGACUGAUUUGAAGAUGAACGGCAGUGUUUCAGUGUAAGCUUCUUUAGUGGAGUUGGGUUUAUUUACUUUGGGAGUACUGAGUUCUGGAAAAGUCCUGUAAGGAUCAUUUUGGUGAACAUGGAAGUUUUGCACCUUGAGCCUUCUUCAGAUUUUGUUUUGGUGAUGAAUCUAUAACUAGAACUUUGAAAAGUUUGAGAACCAUUAAGAAAAAUAUGAGUGUGACAUUACAGGGUAUGACAAUCAAAGGCUUCUAGAGUCUUUUUGU